ACGCCCCCUUCAGGUCUCUCUCAGUGUUGCUCGUGCAGGGACAGGCUGUACCGUGUGCGCGCGAGCUGGCAGUGAUGAGGAGCUGCGUGGAGCUUGUGGACUAAAGGAGCCUUCAUCAUCACCUCCUCCUCCUCAGCAUUAGCAGGUGUUGGCAGGCGCUGGAGCUCCGGAGCUGAAGGUGACUGUGCUGAAGCCGAGGCCUGCGCGCUCUCUCCGGGAUGCUGCUGCUGCUGCUGACGGCGCUGCUGAGCUUCUCUGCUGGAGUGAGAUGUCUCCCUCUGCUGGAUGUGAAGCGGGACAGUUGCCUGGAUGAUUCGAGUAUGAGGACGAAUGCAAACCUGCCGCUCCCAGGCUGUGAUGGACAGGUGACAGAGGGUUUGACUGAUGAACAGAGGCAUCAGGGUCUUCUAAGCGAACUACAGGAGUUGGCAGAUCAUGAGCGAGAGAAAGAGAGGGAGUACACACGUGAAGACGAGGAAUAUGAACAGAAUGAGGUGGAGAACCAGAACGACUGGGAGGGCGGCGAGCAGGGGAGGAUGAUGAGGGAGGAAGAACGCUGGGGGCCAGAGGAGGACAGGCGAAGGGAUGAGGGCAGGAUGGAGGUGGAGAAACAGGGGAAUGAGGAGGAGGAAGAGGAGAACGCCAGGGAGCUGGAGGAGCUGCUGGCCGAAGAGAUUCGGAAGAAAGAUGCAGAAAGAGAGCAGGAAAGGAAAGAUGAUGAAGAGCUGGAGGAGCUGCUGAAGGAACUGAAGAAGAAACGAUACGAGGUGACCAAAGAGAAGAAGCAACAGAAGCAGAAGCAGGAGGAAAAGAAGGAGGAGGAUGGAGGAGGUGGAGAAGAGGAGGAGGAAGAGAAGAAGAGGGUGGAGAAGAAACUGGAAAUGGAAAGGGAGAAGAGCGAGGAGAUGAAGAAGAAUGAGGCGGAGCUGCUGCAGGAGAAGGAGAAGGUGGAGCGUGAGCUGGAGGCUCUGAAGCAGAAAGAGGAUGAUGGAGAGAAUGCGAAGGAAAAGACGAAAGCGAGGGAGGAGAAGGAGGAGGAGCUGCGGGAGCUUCUGCGUAAGAUGAAGAGAGUGCAGGAGGAGGAGGAGAAUGCGACGGGAGGGGAGCCGCAGGAGGAGAUGGCGCAGGGGGCAGAGGGAGAGAAAGAGAAAGAUGGAGAGGGAGAGGUGAAGGAAGAAGAGGAGGAGAAGAACGGAGAGAUGAAGGAGCCCCAGCAGAAGAGGGAGAUGGAGAAGGCGAGUGAUGAGCGGACGAGGCAGUUUGAGAGAGAAAGAUACACAGAGGAGGACCGGGAGCGUGGAGAGGGUGAGGAAGACGAGGGUGAAGAAGGAGAGGAAAAUGAAGGUGAUGAAGAUGAAGAAGAUGAAGGAGAGGAGUUGCUGGAGAUUGAAGCACAGCUGAGGAGAGUGGCUGCAGAAUUGAGGGAACUGCGUAGGGGAUAAACACACACGCACACACACACACACACUCUAUUUCAAGGACAGACACACACACACACACAUAUACAACACAAGCCAUAACCCUGCUGCUCUGCCUCUCCUUCAUAUACACACACAGAGACACGCACACAUGCACACAUGAAAACACCUCCACAAAAUCAAACCAAACACACACCCUGGUGUAAAUUAUUCAAGCUCUGUGUUUUUCUCAUAAAUGUGUGUUUACCAGCUCAUUCCAAAUAAUCAGUAAUCAUCAUUGAUCAAUAAUGUGUGGAUCAAUCAGGUUAUCAGCUGACUAAUUAAUACAGUAAUGAUGUGUUGUUGUUUCUGAGCUAUAGAUUAAUAGAGAUAUUGAUUAUUGUAGGUGUCAGUUGUAGCAGUGUGUGGUAGUGAUGUCAUGACCUGUGUGUUAAGAAAUCAUUUUGAUGUGUAGCAUACACUCUGUCUGUUGUGAGAGAGAGACUGUGUGUGUGUGUGUGCGUGUUUGUGUGUGUGUGUGUGUGUAUAUAUAUAAUAGCCUUUUUAUAUGACGCUGCAUGAGGAGUAGUUUCUGGCUCUAACACUGUUCGAAUGAUUCAGACUGUUAAGGGAGAACCGCAGUUGAGCCGUUUCAGGGGGAGUGUGUGUGUGUGUGUGUGUGUGUUUGUGUAUCAUGAGAUUUUGGUGCAGUGUGUGAUAUACUGAAUCAUCACACGGCUUUUACAGUGUAACUGGUCUGAAUGUGUGUAUAAACUUAAAACUAACAAGUUAGUUAGGAUUUCACUUGAUUGUAAAUUAUUAAUUUAGUCCUCAGAAAUGUUGUGAUUCAAUUCAGUUUUUUAAAGAAUUAUUCAUUGCAGCAUGGUAUCAAAAGAUUUAACCGUUUGAUUUGAUUCAGUUCCCUAAGAAACAAAUCAUUUGAAUCAUAAUUUAAUUCCCUGUAAAAUGAUUCAGUACAUAAUGAGUUCCUGAACAGAACAUAGGAUAACAAUAGGACAAUAGAACAAUAGGAUAUAAUAGGGUGCAUAAUAGAUUUUACUUAAUUUUGGGCAUCAGUGUAUCGUUGGUAUUCUAACAACAAUAUGUACACCUUGCACGACUCAAAAUGUGCAAAAGGCAUGUUCUAACAUCUGUCUAGGUUGUAUUCAGUCAGUGGUGCACCUGUGUUUUCUGUUGCCAAGAUAGCAAUACGGCAAAAAUUAACACACCUCAUUUCGAGACCACCACGCUUAUCAGUGUAGAUAUAUUCACGAGCACUGUUGCCAUUUAAACAAUGCAGGUGGAGGAAGUGAAAAUACUUCUUAAAGACUGUUUGCAGGGUAUAAGAUAGCAAUGAGCAUCACAACAUGCCUUGAGCAGCAUGGAAGAUAGGGCCUCAUGAGUUCUUUAAUUUUAACUGUUAAAAAUAAUUAAGAAAUUAAAUUAAUUACUUACUUUUCAAAUUUCAGUUUAGCUCAAUUCUUUAGGAAAAGAUUCAGUUUAUUAAAACCAUUCAAAUAUAGUUAAAUUCAGGUUGAUUCACUAUAAAAAUGUUUCACAACAAAAAUGAUACAUCAUGCAUUUAUCUUUAUUUCCAGUUUCAGUUUAAUCCAGUAUGAUUUCUUAUGAAAUGAUUAAAUGCAUCUAAACUGUACCAGAUUACUGUACCAAGUACUUAGUAUUUUUAUUUAACAAGUGUGCGUGUGUGUUUAUUUGAGUGUAUUCCCUCAGAAACUGCCACUGCUGUUCUUUCAGUACUAAACCAGCCACGGAGGAUGGGGCUGAUAGCUCCUAAGCCAUUUCACACACACACACACACACACACACACACACACACACACACACACACACACACACACAUACACACACACACACACACACACACACACACACACACACACACACACCACACACACACACACACACACACACACACACACCUGUCUAACAUGGUGAGUUUUACAUCUGUGCUAUAAAUCAGUUUGUCAUUCAUUAGGUUUUGUAUACUAUGAAAGUGAGUCUUAUGAGCCAAGAAACAGCGCCCUCAUGUGGACAGAUUAAAGCAAUGCACUUUCCCCUGUGGUCAUUAUUAGGGCUGGGUGUCUUUUACGGCUGAUCAAUACAGACACUGAUUUAUUGAUUCCUUAACUAUAGGUACCGUCAACUCUUCUUUAUUGAAUAAUUUGAAUGUAUUACCUGUAAUAAACAAGGAUAGUAUUCGUAUCAGAUGUUCUUUCUGAUCAUUUAUUGUAGUAGAAUUUCAUUCUGGAUAGCAAUGUUAAUAGAAGUUGAUUCUGUAUGUAAAUGUUUAUAAUUUUUUGUAAAUUUCAUACUAGAUAUUAAUUUUAAUAGAACCUAAUUGUGGUUUCCAAAGAACCUAUUUGGUGACUUGCAAAAGUAUUCAUGCCCUUUGCACUUUUUUUGUGGAUUUCUGCAGCUCCUCCAGAGUGACCAUAGGCCUUUUAACUGCUUCUUUGAAAGGUGACAGGUGGUUGAAAGGUGACAAAAUGUGAAAAGGUUCAAAGGGUAUGAGUACUUUUACAAGCCAUUGUAUAUGCUUUUGGUUUGAGGCAGAACUGUAUGAUAGUUAGUGAUCGAUAAAGCAGUGAAUAUUGAAACCCAGCCCUGAUCAAUAACGGAUGGUAUUUUAUGAUCAUAUUCGGGUUAUUAUGGGAUUAUAGGGUAAGAAAUAUGAAAUCCUGCAAUAAUAAUUUAUUAUUAUUCAAAAUUAAGCUAAAUCUGAUAUACGAGCCACUGACACUUUAUAAGCAAGCGUUUAACAUGUUCUAUAAAUAAUAAAAAUAGUAAUAAUGCCACGCUUUUUUAUUAUUACUUCUGUUGUUAUUAAUGUAAACUUCACUAAGAACACCAAAACCCUGAGCUGUGUUAAACGCUUCAAUAAGUAGAGAGUAUAACAAUGUAACGAAUGUAUUUUUAAUAAGAUGCAAAACAUGCACAUGUAACUUUAUCAUACUGUAUGUACACCUGAACUGAAUGUUUUAUUUGUAAUGUAGUGAUUCAUUUUAAUAAUAUUAAUAUUAGUCUGUAGUUAAGAAGUUCUUUUUUUAUUGGGAAUAAGGUCAAUGGGAUCACAUUUUGUGGAUUACGUGACUGUUUAUGUGUAAUUAAACAUGCUAACAGUUAAGCCAGCAAAAAGUGGAAACUAGUCACCACUGAGUUUAGCCCUGCAUUUUGCUAAUUUGUGGCCAUUCACUUUCAUUUACUGUUAGCAUCGUUUGCUAUUGUGUUUCAUAAUUUAGGUUUAGGAUACUAUGUAAUUAAUUAUACAGUUAUUUGCUAAAUCCUGGGUUGCAUUACUGUCUAACUGCCCUGUUACUGAGAGUUUGUGAGUUUGAUUGGGUGCCCCAGAGAACAUGCAGUAACUGUUUAUUGAUGGCCCUCCCUCUCCCCCAUCCCUCACCACAGGCAAUGCUAGCCAAAGCACAGGCAUGUGUUAGCAGUUAGUGUUCUCCUCCAAGUGUGUUGAGCUCCAGAGGUGUUGUUAUAGCAGCAGUUUAAGAAGAUGCAGUGGAGCUUCUUCAUUCUCGCAGCAGGACUGUGCUACUGUUCAUCCUCUCAGUGCUGAGAGCUUCAGGUGAUAGGGGGAGUUCUAGGUAGUGGAGGUAUGUUAGAGUUUCACAGGCUGGACUGGUCUAAACGGUCUGUGAUUAGUUGAUGGUGUGUUCUGGAUGAAUUUGCUUGAGAGUAUGACGGCGUGCCUGCUGUGUUUGUUGAUGGAUUAUUGAGUGAAUCAAUAAAAAUGCAGUAAACAUCUAAACAUU